CACAAACGCAAGAAAACAAAACAAAAAAAAGGAAAAAUCACCCCCCAAAAAAAAAAGAAAUGGGUUUACAAUUCGAACCCUCCUUCAUCCAAGAACCAGAGCACCGUUCAAAGCCCACCAUCUCCGACGCCGGAGCCAUCCCUCUCAUUGACCUCUCCUCUCCUCCUGCAACCCUCAUUACCGAGAUCGAGGGAGCAUGCAGAGACUGGGGAUUCUUCCAAGUCAUCAACCACGGCGUCCCCUUCGAACUCCUGGAGAGAGUUCAGUCGCUGGCAAAGGAGUUCUUCGCUCUUCCAAUGGAGGAGAAGAAGAGGGUUGGGAGAGACGACGAGAACCCGCUGGGCUAUUACGAUACAGAGCAUACGAAGAAUGUGAGAGACUGGAAGGAGGUAUUUGAUUUUUCCGUGGAGGAGCCGGCUUAUAUUCCGGCGACGACCAAGACCGGAGAGACCAAGUUGCAGGAGAUCAGGAAUCAGUGGCCAGAGUACCCUCCGGGGAUGAGAGAAGCUUGUAAAGAAUACCAAAAAGCCAUGGAGGACCUAUCAUUUAGACUGCUCGAGCUCAUAGCACUGACUUUAAAGCUCCCAUCCAACCAAUUUAACGACUUCUUCAGAGACUCGACCAGCUUCACCCGCCUCAACCACUAUCCUCCAUGCCCGUCCCCUGACCUUGCUCUUGGCGUUGGCCGCCACAAGGACUCAGGAGCAUUAACAGUCCUCGCACAGGAUGAUGUCGGUGGACUUGACGUCAAGAGGAGGUCCGAUGGCGAGUGGGUUCGCGUCAAGCCCAUUCCCAACUCCUACAUCAUCAACGUCGGUGAUAUUAUCCAGGUUUGGAGCAAUGAUAAGUACGAAAGCGCGGAGCACAGGGUGUCAGUGAAUCCGAAGAAGGAGAGGUUCUCGUUCCCCUUCUUCUUCAACCCUGCACAUUAUGCCAUGAUAAAACCUGUGGAUGAACUUAUCAGUGAGGAGAGUCCUGCAAAGUAUGAUGAGUACAAUUGGGGACAGUUCUUUAAGAUGCGCAAGAACAGUAACUUUAAGAAGUUGGGAGUGGAGAAUAUUCAGAUCCAUCAUUUCAAAAUGAAUUGAGUGAUAUAGUAUAGGCUCUUUUGGUUGCGUGAGCAUGCAUCUAGAAUAAAUAUGUAGAAGACCUCUUCUAUCCUAGCAUAUGAUGAACAAUGUAAUGUUUUUGGAGGCGCAUGAAUGCAAAUAAAUAAGCUGUGAGAAUCUUUGCUUGAA